AUGCGAUCUGAUAGGAAAAGGGCAAUGAGGAUCAUUCAUUUUUGUAUUAAAGACAUUAAAUACAAAAAUGAAAUCAUAAUGCAAGAAAUUAUCAAACGGAGAUUAGAAUUAUCAGGCAAAGAUAGUAAUAAUGAAGGGACAUAUGCAGAAAUAUUGUAUAACAGAUCAGCUGAUUAUAGAGAAACAAACCGUAUAUUGAGAGAAUCAGAGAAAAGAUUAGAGUUUUUACAGCAAGACGGGGCAUCUAGACCACUAAGAUCUAUAUCUAUAUCAAAGAACAUAGUAAGAGAAUAUAAGAAUAAUUAUUAUAAUUUGGAUGUGAGUCCACACAACUUGCCAAUUGCCAAUAUGAUUGGAGACAUACAAAUAUCUGAUGACAAGAAAGUCAUAUUUCACACAGAUAACAUUGAUUGUAGUAUUGAUAGCUGUGUAGUUAAAUGUAUUUUGAAUGAACCAUCAAUAAAUAGGUUAUUAGAUCGUAGCCCAUACAAAGUUGAUCCAGAAAUUAUCCAUAAAAUGACAACCUUUGGAGAAAAAUGGAUAAUGUAUAAGCAAAGGGUGGCUGGGCAUGUCACUAUAUCUUUUGGGAAUGUUGAACUUAAAGAACUUGUUGUUGAAAAACCACAUUGCUCUGUUGAAAUUGUCAUGAAUUAUGCAUGUUUAUCAUGUCUAGAAUUACCAAAAGUGGUAAUAGCAUCAAAGGGAUUAGUUAGAGAGGGAGCACUAACUUAUGAAUCCAACUGUACCUGGGAUCACGACCUAUUGUCAUGCAAUAGUCAAAUGUAUGAAAUUAAACAACUAUAUAUUCAUCCGAUAUGUAGAAUCCAUAUUCCUAUAUUGAAUCAAACUAUUGAUAUCAACUUUAAUUUUGAAUACAGGGGUACCCUCACUAUUAUGAAAUCAAUUAGAGCUGAAACAACACUUGAUGUAAUAAGUACAAUUGGAUCAGACCCAUACUUUUAUACUACAUUAUUAGGAUCUUUAAGUAGUUUUCUCCUUUUAACUACCAUUACAACGGUAAUCAUUAAAUUGACUAAACUAGGUAUCAUAGCAUGUGGAAAGAAAGAAAUUUCUAAUGCUUAG